CCGUAACUUUGUGAAGUCUCCCACGAGAUGUUACCAGUUUUCACUGUGAAAAACCUGACGUGGCACGACGCUAGUGAUGCAUGCCAGAAGAUGUCGGCAGAUCUUGUGUCUUUCAACACCCCUGAGGAAUACCAGUUCCUUCAAAAGCACGCUCCUGCUGAUACAAUAUCGUGGUUCUGGGCGGGAGGCUACUACCACAACACCUGGCAGUGGGUGGACGGGACUACUGCCACCAAUAUACAAUGGUAUACAGGCUUUCCUAAGCACGCUCCCAACGACACCGACUACCGCUUGGCUAUUAACAACAAGACGCCAGAGAGGUUCACCUUAUACGAAGCUCUCAGAACCAGCGAGAAACCGUUCAUCUGUGAAAGGCCACAUCUGUCUGCCUAAUAUGUUCACAUCAGUAAAAGUACAUUUCAUCAA